AGUAAAAAUUUAAAAACUUUGAUAAAACAAACCAGCAGUAUAUAAUACUCCAUCAAGAACUAAAUAAAGGCCGAGCUUGAAACAGAGCACAAGAAGAAGAUGAUGAUGAAGAAGAGCAGCGGCGCCGCCGUUCAUGUGGUGAUGGUGCCAUCACCACUUCAAGGCCACCUGACCCCUUUCGUCCACCUCGCCCUCAAACUCGCUUCUCACGGUUUCACCGUCACCUUCCUCAACACCCACGCCACCCACGCCAACUUAAUCCGCGCCGCCGCCGCCGCCGGAGAAUCCUCAUCGGACAUAUUCUCGGACGCCCGGAGUCGCUCCGGGCUGGACAUCCGUUACGCCCUAAUCGGUGACGGUUUCCCCCUGGGCUUCGACCGGUCUACAAACCACGACACGUUCCUCCUCGGGUUGCUACACGUCUUCUCAGCCCACGUCGACGACUUCAUCGGAAGCCUCCGGCGACGUUCCGACGUGAACCCGCCGGUGUUCUGUCUCUUGGCUGAUUCUUUCUUCGUGUGGCCGUCGACGGUGGCCGAAAAACACGGCCUGGUUAACGUGUCUUUUUGGACAGCCGAUGAUGGAGAGGAGGAUGGAAUAGACUACAUACCUGGUGUGGAAGUAGCAAUCAAACCCAGAGAUUUGCCUUCUCCCCUUCAAAACUGUGAGGAGCCAUGGAAUAUGAUUGACACUUUCGCAUUGAAAUCACUGGAAGAUGCUGUCAAAGCUGACAUUAUCAUCUCCAACACUGCAUUUGAGCUUGAGCCCUCCACAAUCACUGCACUGCAACAACACAAGCCAUUCUACGCGGUCGGCCCGGUUUCCCGAUUGAGCUUACCCGAGGCUGCCGCCACUGUUCCGACUAGCUUUCGGCCGGAGUCGGCCGCUUGCCGCCCGUGGCUCGACGCCCGGCCCGAGAACUCGGUCCUCUACGUCUCCUUCGGGAGUGUGGCAAGUGUGGACAAGCGUGUAAUUCGCGAGAUCGCCCGCGGGCUCGCGCUGAGCGGGGCGAGUUUCCUGUGGGCGAUCCGCGGGGACAUCACGGGCUCGUCCGCGGACGAGCCCGAUCUGUUCCCCGCGGGAUUCGACCGCGAGACCCACGGAAGAGGACUGGUUGUCCCGUGGUGCAACCAAACCGAAGUGCUGUCCCACCGGGCGACCGGGGGGUUCUUGACGCACUGCGGGUGGAACUCGGUCUUGGAGAGCGUGUGGUGCCGGGUCCCAAUGCUGUGUUUCCCUCUGUUUAUGGAUCAGUUCAUAAACAGGAAACUUGUGGUCGAAGUUUGGAAAGUCGGGAUCGAUCUUUGUGGAGGAAAGGCGGUCGGGAGGGAAGAGGUUCGAGAGAAAACGAAUCGACUCAUGAGUCGGGAGGAGGGAUUGGGAGAGAAGAUGAGAAGAACAAAGGAGAUACUGCAGAGAGCUGUGUCUGCAAAUGGGUCUUCACAGAAGCAUUUGGAGACAUUCAUGCAUGAGGUCAAGCUCAAGACUCAGCAGAAACACAACUUUCUUGAAGAGUAGCUGUUAUCUAGGAUGUGUUUGGUUGGAGUAAGAGAGAGGAUUAGAAUGGAAGCCAUUCAAGCACAUCCAUUCUGAUUCUCAUAGCCUGAAAACCAAACACACCCUUAAAUUUACCAAGCACCCUCAGUAUGGUACGGUGUAUAGUAUAAUUGGGCAAUAAAUCAUUGACACUAAUAAAUUUCACACUACUUACCAUAAUUAAAGUAGGGUUGAAGAUGAUGAUGAUAUAAUAAAUGAGAUUGAUUCUA